AUGCAGGCCGUGGUAUUCAAAGGUCCCUUGGAAGUCGCUCUCGAACAGCGACCGCUACCACAGAUCCAAGACCCAACUGAUGUGAUCCUGAAGGUCAGAUAUACAGCGCUCUGUGGCAGUGAGCUGCACGUUUUUCGGGGCCACCAGCCCUCGACCACGGGCUUUAUUAUGGGCCACGAGUUCACGGGCGAGGUGGUCGAGACUGGGGCAGAGGUCCAGAACUUCCAAAAGGGCGAUCGGGUUGUGUCUCCAUUCACAGUCAGUUGUGGGUCUUGCUUCUACUGUGUCGGAGGCUUCACCUCUCGAUGUGUGCGAAGCCAACUGUAUGGAUCCGCGGUGCUGGAUGGAGGACAGGCCGAGUACGUCCGUAUUCCGCUCGCGGACUCGACCUUAUGCCACUCACCAGCUGCAAUCGAUGAGAAGAAUCUGGUUUUGAUGGCAGAUAUCUUCCCCACUGGCUACUUCGCGGCCAGAAAUGCAUUCCAGGCUCUGGAAAAUCAGGCUAUCCAAAAUAGUACCGUGCUUCUAUUCGGAUGUGGACCCGUGGGCAUAUGUGCCCUUGUUAGUGCCCUGGAAUAUCAGCCGAAGCAUUUGAUCGCCAUUGACAGUGUUCCAUCCCGUCUUCAGCUUGCGGAAAGCUUGGGAGCAGAGCCCUGGAAUUUCCAGGAGAAUGAACGGGGCUUGCGAGACCGAGUGAAGGAGCUCACGGAUGGCCGCGGGGCCGACGUUGUCAUUGAGGUUGUCGGCCACAGCUCUGCUUUACGAAUGGGCUUCGAAAUGCUUCGUCCUUGGGGAAUCAUGUCGAGCGUGGGGGUACAUAACGGGGACAUCCCCUGGACGGGUAACGAAGCAUAUGGAAAAAAUCUGCGAAUUCAGAUGGGCCGUUGCCCUGUUCGAAGUAUUUUCGGGGAGGCCAUGGAUCUGUUAGCCAAAAAGCAGGACGUGUUGAACUUCAUGUCCCAUGAUAUUCGCCCGCUGUCUCAAGCUGUACAAGCAUACGACGAUUUCAACCACAUGCAGAGUCAAAAGGUGAUUUUCGAGGCCGACAAAUAA